GGUCGGCCCCGGCAAGAUGGCGGCCCCCUUGGAGCUCAGCUGCUGGGGAGGUGGCUGGGGGCUCCCUUCGGUGCACAGCGAGUCCCUGGUGGUGAUGGCGUACGCCAAGUUUUCGGGCGCACCCUUGAAAGUCAAUGUCAUAGAUAACACCUGGAGAGGUCCAAGAGGUGAUGUACCAAUUUUGACGACUGAAGACAGCAUUGUUUCUCAGCCUGCAAAAAUACUAAACUUUUUAAGAAAACAGAAAUACAAUGCUGACUGUGAACUCUCAGCAAAACAAGGGGCAGACACCCUGGCUUACAUCGCCCUCCUGGAAGAGAAGCUUCUCCCUGCCGUGCUUCACACUUUCUGGGUUGAGAAUGACAAUUACUUUACUGUGACAAAGCCGUGGUUUGCCUCCCGUAUCCCUUUCCCUCUGAGUUUAAUCUUGCCUGGAAGGAUGUCUAGAGGCGCACUGAAUAGGAUCCUCUUGACACGGGGAGAGCCGCCCCUCUACCACAUCCAGGAAGUGGAAGCGCAGAUAUACAGAGAUGCCAAGGAGUGCCUCAACCUCCUGUCAAACAGAUUGGGAACAUCUCAGUUCUUCUUUGGUGACACGCCUUCCACCUUGGAUGCCUACGUGUUUGGUUUCCUCGCACCUCUUUAUAAAGUGCGUUUUCCCAAGGUUCACUUACAAGAGCAUCUGAAACAGCUCUCCAAUCUGUGCCGCCUGUGUGACGACAUCCUGGACAGCUACUUCAGACAUGGGCCCGCGGCACUCUCCCCUUGAACAGAAAUGAGCAGCAGAUUGACUUUGGUGAGGUCACCCCCAUGGUUCUACUACUUGAAAAUGAUUGCAGCAAACUGGAGAUAGAGUAAGUAGAGGGCUCUUGGCACUUAGGAUGGCAUUCUCUCUGCCUGGGGGCCUGUGCUUAGGGUCUGGGCACUGAGUGUGGAUAUGGAGAGGUGGCUGCAGAAUUUUUCCUGAGAAGCAGAACUUGUGAGAUAGCUGGCUUCAGCAGACUGGCUGUUUUUUAUUUUACUUAUUUAUUUUUUAUGGAGGAUUCUCUGCUUUACAUCUAGGGAAGUCCAAGAAAUGGGAAGUUAGGGAGCUUAGUGGCAUCCGACCUUGUCGCUCUGGGGCAGUGGCUAGCCAGCCUGGCUCCUCAACUCUUCCAUAGUUCCCAAAGUAAAAUGUCUGGGGAUCAAUCCCAGAAAGCUCUGCUUUUAAAAAUUCUUUUAAAUAUCUUGGAUGCCUGGUAAAUAGGUGUUAGGGAGUCGCUACCUUAGCAAGGUGUCUAUAGUGUUACAGCCAGUGACCUGCAUGUAGUGACUAGGGAGGGGGCAGCACCAUCUGGAGAGCACCGCGCCUUACUAACCCCUGUAGCCGCCUGCAUGUCGUGUGGCUCAGUGUCUUCCAAAAGCACAGUUCAGUCUUUUCCUUUCCGCUUCCUACGGAGCACUGCUGUCCCUCCUAACUUUGCCCUUGAACCCAAAUGUUUUUCUCGUUUUCAGUUUUCUUUUGGGGGGAGGGGGAGCAAUUAGGAUGGUGGGUAAACCGAAAUUUUCUUUUUUUCAAUCUUCAACAGCUUGAAAGUCUUUCAAAGUUUAUUUCUCUCCCUGAUUUCUCUCCUGACUUCUCAGGCAUCUCUCCAGCUGGACAAGAAAUGAUAGACGUGAACCUGCGGAAACUCACGCAACUUGUAAAUAAGGAAUCCAACUUAAUUGAAAAG